ACAUAGCUCCCGGGGAGACUCGCUCACCAAUUCUGCAUACUACGACUAACAAGCAGACGUGGUCUGGCGAUGGCAAAGUCUUUUGCUCAGUACGCCUCUCAAUUUUUGACCCAGCAGCAUAAUCCAGCAUCGAGUCUGUCCUCUUCGCAGCCUUUAUUCUUUUCAUUCACAACCGACGAAGGGUCUCGUGCAGGUGAUGAUCAUGAUACAGAGGUUGACGACGUUGACGACCCUCAUCUGCGUGUAAGCAGACUGUCAAGUCGCGGAAAUUUUAGGAGUCGAGCACAUGAUAUAGAUGAUGAAGACCCAUAUCUACGCCUCGACGAAGGGGAUGAUAACCUGCCAGGGGCCUCUCAUCAUACUUCUCAGUCAAUUCCUUUGAUGGCUUCCGACUAUGGCCAAGCUGAGUCCCAAGACUAUCCAAAGGGCUGGCUUGCCCACCAGGCAUCUCCUCCUCGAAGAAUUCGCUCGCCUUUACCGUCCCUUUCAUCCUCAUCUCUUGGUUCACCUGAACCUACAAUCGACUCACCGAGACCCAUGCCCAAUCGCUCUGCUAGACCACAGCAUCCUCCGCCUCCACCUUCACGAGCUCGCGAGCCUGUUUCCUUAUCUCUGACUGAGUCACUUCUGCCGAGGGAUGGCACCACACGCCCCAUCGACGUAUUCUCUUUACCAGAUCCGCGGCAUAUCACUCGGGCUCGACGGAAGUUUAAUGAUUCGCACUGGACCAUAUUUUGGUGUACAGGUGUUUCUGUAUGCGUCUUCUUUUCCAUUCUACUGCUAUUCUUUGGCAAGACUCGCAAGGACGACGGACGGGGGGUUUCGCUCCCAUACACAACGCUGCUGCAUACAGUACCCCUGCUUACCAUAUUGACAUUUCUGAGCGCUCUUAUGGCAUAUGUCCACGUUUUCCUCCUCCGCAUAUUUGUUCGUCCAGUCAUGAUCGCGACAUCAGUAUUCAUACCAGCUACACUUUUUAUCUCUGCUAUAUGGGCAUUCGUUGGUAGUUUCAUGUGGGAUGGAGACCAGGAACCGACUUGGGGUGAGACAGUCGGUCUUCGACUAUUCUCACUUGUACCCCUCGUUCUCUCUGUCAUCACUGCCAGAGGCCUAGUGAAUUUACCCCGAGAAAUCCAUUCAACUUCUUCUAUCCUCGAUCUUACCACACGGCUUCUCAUUGCAAAUCCUUUCCUUCUCGCUCUCUCUCCCGCGAUGCUUCUUACGAUGCUGGUUGCAUCUAUACCAUUCAUUACCGUGAUAUUCCGACUCCUUUUGAUUGGUUAUGUCUAUGAACCCAAUGGGACACUAGAAGGGCAUGUUCAAGGGUGGGCGAACUGGGCAAUAUUUGGUGUAGUUGGUGUGUGGUUUUGGAGCUGGGGCAUCGCGAAGGGGAUGCUGCGUACGACUUGUGCAGGUGUUAUUGGUGCUUGGUACUUUGCCGACCCUGAUGUUCCAAUUCCACUGCCAAGCGAUAGUCACAUCAUUCAUGCUGCUCUCUUGCGGGCUGCAUAUCCCUCUCUCGGAUCGAUUGUCCUCAGCGCGCUCAUUCUCACGGGUAUCCGAUUGCUAGGACUUCUCAUCCUGGCCCUACGUUGGCUUCCGCUCUAUCUACCGCUUGCACUGCGUCCAUGGUGUCAGCCUAUAAUAUUUGGUUCAGGUAUGGCAGUCUCAUACCUAGAGAGCGUUACCACAUCCUUGAGCAAGUAUGCCCUCGUAUAUACUGGGUUGACCGGAGACCCCUUCUUUGUGAGCGCAAGGAGGGCCCGGGCUCUCACUGCUGCCGUUGAGACUACUAGCGCUGGUCGGUACCGCAAGAAAUUCAAGACUGAGCCACCAUUACGGAUGCUUACCUAUGCACCAUUAACGCCCACAUUUCCCUUCGCACUUGUGACGUAUCUUUUUGUCGCACACACGUUAGGCGCACCUGAUUAUGCCUUGGGAGCCUCGUUACUUGCUGGUGGUGUCACCGCACUCGUGGGCUUGUUUUGCAUAGGACUAGUCAAGGAUGUUGCUGAUACACUGUAUCUAUGUUACUGCAUCGACAAGGAUGUGGGUGAGAGACACAGGGAGGAAGUAUUUGCUGCUCUCGAAUACGAGAUACAGCCUCGGACCGCAGCUCGAUCACAACCUCAGACUGCAACUCCACCACAACUGCAAGCUCAGCCGCGUUCGUCGUUAUCAGGUCGGCCUGAACAGGCAUCUCCGACUAGGGCACAGCGUCCAACAGUCAUCUCUCCUCCGCGAUCCGACUCACCGCGCGUACCUCAACAAUUUACCCCUCCCUCUCCGAAACCUGUUCCACGCCCUAUUCAACCUGCUCAACCUGUCCAGCCGAUACAGCCAACCAUCCCAGAUGCAGAUAUUGAUCCUUUCGAACACGAACCUAUAGGGUUUGAUGCACCUGCAGCGCAAACUCGUGGGUACGAUCUCUCCCCCGAACCUGGUCGUGCGUCAGUGGACGACGAGAGCCUUGACGAAGACGACGAGCACGGCGAAGAGUCACAGCUUUUCCCAGGGUCAGGGCUUUUCUAACACGAGUACUUAGAACUGGGCAAUUGAGCUUGUUUAUAAUCACACUAAUCUGCGAUGAUGGUGACAUCUUAGGAUAGAUUAAUCCCAUUAUGCUGUAUAUUUGCAUGUCUUGUUUUUGUAUUUAAUAUAUUUCCAUCUACAUAUUCAU